UAUGCGAAAGUUUCGUUUUAUAAAUAUUGUUUGCGAUUCGCAUUAAAUAUAUAAGUCAAUAUAUUUGCAGAGUCAGAGUAACAAAAGGUAAAGAAAUGAUUAGAAUAGUUGCACUUAACGAAGAAUGCAAUGAAGAGCCCGAGGACCAAAUUGUGGUUACAAAGGAAGCGCAGGAAGCAAUCGCAGAAGCCGAAUAUUUGAAGGCAAUCAACUUAAAAUGGAAGGGAGAUGUAAAGUCGGCCCUUUCUUUGUUAAGUCAGCUGUUGGAAACUCAAGUGCUCAAUGAGCUUCUUGAGGAAGAUCCAAAUGGAAAACUACGUACGAUUCGAUACAAUUGUCAUAAAAAUAUUGCUUUCAUAUACGAGGAGAAAGAAGAGAAUGAAAUGGCUUUGGAGCAUUACAUAAUGGCUACUCAAUUAGACGACACAGAUGUACACACCAUGCAUCGUUUUGGUCAACUGGCACUAAAGCUAAAUGCAAUAGAGUUGGCCGAGUUCGCCUUUGAGCGUUGCCUACGUUGCAAUGCACAACAUUGGAGUGCCGCUGAUGGAAUGUUACGCACUCUGUGUGAGAAUCAUAAUAUAAUCGGUGCAUAUGGCUACGCUUUGAAGCUAUACACCAGAGAUCCCACCUAUGAACGCGCUGCCAAAAUUCUAUACGAAAUAUCUGAUACUUUUAAAUCAUCUAUGCCGCUUUGUGAAGAUAUGUAUGGACCAAUACCGAAGAGUUUGAAACCCCGUUCUACGUGGACAAAAGAGAGUGCUUUCCCGCGCAACUACCGCAACGAUGAUUCAAAAACGGAUACCACAAAUUUUACACUGCCUGAUGAAAUUGUGCAAAAGAUCUGUGUUAAAGAAUUAACUUGGGCCACUCUCGGACAGUACAUAGUAGCGUUAUAUCAGUAUAUGCAAGAAAAUGGCAAAAUAUUAAUUAAACUUUUAAGUUUAAAAGAUAUAUUGGCUGAUAGCAAUAAUACGUGUAAAAUCGACAAUGUUACACAACAAGAGAGUUGUGUACAAACUGAAAUAAGCGCUGCAUCCAGUAGUAAUUCCAACGAUAACAUGGAAGUAGUACCAGACACAGAGUUAAGUAGCACUAAUAUAACAAAUGUGGCGCCAGCAGAGUCCAACGUUAACAAUACACCGCCAACAAGUGAUGCAGAGCAAACGAAGAAAGUAUCGGAAAAUUCACCAGACGAAGCGGAUAAUUAUGAGAAAUCUUCUAACAAUUCCGAAUCAAAUAAGCCCAAACCACGUAGACGUUGCAGUGAUUUACAUUUUCUAGAGCAAUGGGGUUGGCACAAAAAUCGACGUUACAAUUCACGAAAAAAAGUCACAACAGAUCGUGUCGAAGUGGAUACUUCGUUAAAGGGCAUACUAAGAAAAAUUUUCGCCAAGUAUGCAAGUGUUAACUUGGAUACAGAGUGGCCUUUUGGUACUGUUAACAACAACGAAAAAAUUAGUGAUGAAAAAUGCAAAACUUGCAGUGAAAUAAUGUCAAAUGAAACGUUUCAGGAAAUAACGCGUGAAGCUUUUAAUGAGUUUAUUGGGAAAAUUGAGGCCAAAACUCUAGAUCCUCCACUUUUGGUUUUCGAAUGGCUCAAAUGCAUCUCAUCUUUCUGGACAAAAAGUGUGCCUGAUGACAUACGCGUUUUAUAUCUGGAGAUAUUUUGUAUUUACUUGGAUAAUUUUGAUUGUUCACCAUGGAAUCAGAAGAGCGUUGAAGAUAUUGAAACAUUUUUCCGAAUCUCGAUUCUUUAUCUAGAAUUCGACUAUACUAUCAAAAUGUCACAGAAUGCCGAUCUCUCACCCAUAUGGAAGCAGGUCUUCGAUCAAUUGGCCUUCAGAUCCGGCACUGCUUUGGUAGCGCUCGGCCAAGCAUUCAAUCAAUACAAAUUACGUCUGAUCAAUUUAGAGUACCUCUGGUUUGACAUACGCAAUGAAUUGGAGAAAUGUAUUGCUUGUUUGGAGAACCAAACAGAAAUAAUCACACUUUUCGAUGAUAAUGAAUAUAUACUACAUUUACCGAAUUUAACCUCAAAAUGCAUAACAAAAUAUGUGUUGCAAGAAACCAUAACAGAUUUCAAAAGGCGCAUUUCAUUGAGCAAGAUACCCAAACUGUUUGAAGAUGAAAAAUGGCCAGAAAUUGUGCAAAUACUAACGGAAAACUUAUGCAAUGAUGUGGAAAUCGAAAACUGUGAAAAUUGGGUGAAAAAUUUUAAAACUCAAGUCGAAAUUCUACUACAAUCGUUAUGGAAUAUGGCUGCUUUUGAGGACUGUAUGAAAUGGGCUGAGAAAUGUUUGCACUUUACCGUUGUUAAAUAUAUGAAGGAAACAAGCAAAAUUCGUCAGCAGGAAUUGUGGUCGGUUGGACUAAAUUAUAUAUAUUCAUAUAUAGAAGUAAUAAUUUUAAACGAAGGCACCGAUAUUUUGCUUUGUCUUGACGAGACGCUGGCUCGUCUCGUGCAGAAUACGAUCUGCGUGUUGUCCUUUCAUCUGGAUAUAAAUCAGCCCAUCGAUAAGAACAGUAAUCCGGAGCACGAAUUCAACAUGAAACGACCUUUCGUUAUUUUACAUCAAAUUCUGUUGAGUGAUGAGAAUAACACAUUAACUGUGGCUAAAUGCAAAACUAGUAGCAAUGCUGAGGAGGAAGAAGAGCCUUUGCCUGGUUCAUUUACGUUAUUAUUUACAGCACACGAGUUUUUGGGCAAAUUUCAAGCUUGCACGCGUAACAAUGGCGAUUUUUUGCUUUAUAUUUUGGAUGUUAUUGUGCCGAUAAUCAGAGCGCCACUCUAUGACUCAUGUCGCGAUACACUCUACGAGUAUUUGGAGCAAGUGACUUUUUGUUUGUACGGUUAUCCGCAAAAGAAGGCGCGUUCACGCCAUCUAGAGGAUCAUGAGGCAACCAAUGUUGAAUUGACGUGGGCGAAGGCAGUGCAAGCAUUCGAUUUAUACAAACCGGAAUGCUUACCUGAAAUAAACUCUUAUAAAUUGGAUUCAAUAACAGCUGAUUUGGAACAAUUUUUCCUAAAAAUUGUCGCCUUAAUGCCGAACGAAUUGGAUCCGACACCAGCCACAACGAAGAUAUUAGAAUUCAUUAAAGGAAAUGAUUUUGAAACACUAGAACCAGCGCAUACUUCACUGCCAUAUAAAAUACGCUGCAUUUUCUACUUACUAGCUGAUUAUUAUUUCAAAAAUCGCGACUUUUCGAAAGCUAUCAAGUACUAUACUUUGGAUUUGACAAUAAGUCCCACACGCUUCGAUUCGUGGGCCGGCAUGGCCUUGUCUAAGGCGAGUAAAAUCGAAACAAGACUUAACGGAUUGACUCCACUCAAUCCCAAUAAUGUAUUAGCCGAAUCCGAAGAUACAAUUCGCUGUUUCGAAAUGUGCAUUUGUUUGAAUCGUCAACAAACGCUGCUUUGGAUAGAAUAUGGCUCAUUCACCUACACAAUGCAUUCGUAUUGCUCACGACAACUCAAGAAUUCAGCCGAAAGUUUAACAGCCGAGCAAUCAUCACUGCUGCAGACGCGCAAAGGUCGCGCAUUGAAUAUAGCACACAACUGCUUUUCCUUGGCUGCUGCUUUACAAAACACUGAGCAAACAGAGGGUGAGGAGAAUGAAGACUCACAUGAGGAGAAAUGGUUAUGCCAGUAUAUGUUGGGCAAAAUUGCUGAAAAGCAAAAAGAGCAUCCUAAAACUUUUCUGAAUUUUUAUUUGAAGGCUGCCAACAAUCUGUAUGAAAGCAAUGCUACUUAUCCCAUCAAGAUUAAUCAUAGCAAUCCAACAACGCUGUCUGUAGAGGCCUUAGAAAUUUUCUAUCGGACAAAUGCAUCGAUCAUAAAGUUCAUGGAAAACCAAAAGGAAAUUUCACGCGAUAUUGGUAAUCAUAUAAGCAACGUUUUAAAGAGCUUGGCAAGCAGUCCAUUUGCUUUUAAUAAAGCAAAAAUCGAUGGCAACAGUUUAAAUGCGUUGAAGCGCAAAGUAGUCAUUGACAAGAGUGAGCAAGCAAAAAUGGCGAAAACUUGCAAGAAACCGAAUUACGGUCCAAACUGCAGUCCGGCUACGCGUACGGAGGCAACGAAAGAAGAAGUAGAAGAACAAAACUCCAAAGACUGCCCAAAGGAAGCACCCAAAGUUGCCGUGCAGGCACAAGAGUUGAAUGUUGAGAAAGCUGCGGUUAGUAAAAGCAAUCCCUCACGCCGUGAGUCGGAGGAAAGCGGUGUUACAGUCACAACAACCACAAUAACCAGCAGCACAACAUCGGUCACCAGUGGCACGGACUCAUCAUCAUCCGACUCGGAUUCAGAUUCCGAUGGCACUUCCAACGACUCAAAGAAACUGAAUACACCAUAUCCUGCAUAUAAAGUGGAGAAUAUCUAUAAACUAGUUGUGCAAAAUUUAGAGGAGUGUGUCACACGGUUUCCCGAACACUAUAAAUCGAUCUAUCGCCUGGCUUACCAUUACAAGAACACGCCCUUUGCAAAUUUCAAAAAUCUACAACGUUGCGAAGAGCUCUUAAUGGGUCAAUACAAAACCAGUUUGGAGAAUCAAAUUAAUGGCGUGUUUUACGAUAGAAAAUGGAAUAACAUAUUUAACGGUAUUUGGCGUAUACCGUCGUCGGAAAUCGAUCGUCCUGGAAAUUUCUCAUCACAUUUGGGUAAAUGCGCAGCAAUUGCCAUUGAAUUGCUAUACGAAACUAAAAAUCACAAAAUACUUAUCGACGUGGGACUGCAACUUUUUAAGACUCCCGAGCAAGAUAAACGUUACAUAAAAGAUUGCGAGAGAUUGAAACUCUCCCAACAAGCUUUGAAUUACUGCGCGCAAAUAAUGCGUGAUAUACUCAAGCAAAAUGCCGAGAGUCGCAAUGAUGUAGAAACGUUAAAUCUUCUAAUCGACAUAUACAAAGUCCAUAAGAAGUGCUUAAAAUAUAUGAACCAGAAGGAAUCACUCUUCACCGAUCUUAUGAUCGAUGUUUAUAAAUUUUAUAUACAAAAUAAAGUCGAUAAUGUGCCAGAGAAUCUAAACUUUCUCGAUUUGGCCAUAAAGCUGUGCUUACAUGAAAUCGCAUCGCGUCGCAAUCAGGAGAAAAUUAAUAGCAACGAUUGUGAUCUAUCACAGAGUCUAAUAAAUCCAACAGUACAGGCAUUCAACAUGAAACCCAAACAAGUUUAUAUACCCGGUUUGACGAUGCGUCAACGCGCACGUACAAGUCUUAACAAAAGUAUUGAGAGCGGCAUUGGUAGUGAAAAUAUGCCUGGCAUGGGCGGCAUGCAGGUGCCGACAACGUCCGGUGAAUCCAUUUGGGGCAAUUUACUUAGAGCAGAUUUCCUAUCUUUAGAAAUGCAGCAGCUCUUGGAAGCAUCUAAACAAGUUAUAGAAAGCAAACAACAUGAUCCACAAUUCAUGAGAGAAGUGCUUGAGCAAUAUAAAGCCUUGUUUCAAGCCUUACCAAACGAGCAAAUGCCUAGCAUUCCAAUGCCAGCACCGAUUCCACCAAUGCCCCUACAACCGAAUCCCAUGCUCUCCUCAAUGAGCAAUUUGUCGACGUUAGCACCGAAUCCCAUAUUUCUAUCAGCUUCAUUACCCAUGGAAACUACAAUCACACCGUCAAUAACGAAGAAUCCUCAAGACGCCACUGCCAUGACACAAACAUCGAUUAGCGCCGCACAGUCACUGGCUAAUUACGACAUAACAAUUACACCUUUUUGCGGCAUCAAUACAACAAUGCCAAUGACUAUGCCAGUCGUCUCCACGGUCACCGCGAGCAAUAAGCCCAUCGUCAGCGUCAAUCCGACCGAUACAAAUAUAGUACAACCAUAUAUUUACAACGCCACUCCAGCUAUCUCAACCGUCGCGCAUGCGCCGCCAGCGAGCUACGCCAUGACUAUGAGUAGUCCAACAACGCAAACGAAACCAACAAAGGGUUGUGGAACGAAAGUGGGUAAACAGUUAAAUGUCGCAAAUGCGUCAAUUGUCAAUCCGUCGUUAGCGACUUUUGGUGGCAGCGACUUGUAUAACCAACAAAUGCAAAUGUUUAUGAAUCUAAUGCAAGAUGGUAAUACUUUCCAGCAGCAAUCGCAACCGCAACAGCCACCGCAGCCACAACAGUUAAAAAACUUUUCAAUACCGACACAGCAGAAGCCACGUACCGCCGCCAAACGUAAGCCGAAACAAACAAUGCCGAUCAACACAAUUAAUUCGAAUAUUUUACCCAACACCACUGCCAUAAAUACACUACAAAUGCCCAAACAGGAUACAAUGAGUACACCACCAAAGCUACUGCCUGGUGAGAAUCAUCCAUUAUAUUGUCCUACAAUGGAUGUAAACAGCGCAGCGCUCAAACAAUUUGGGGUAAGCUCGUUGGCAUUAACUACUCCGUUGCCAGCGCUAGGAGCAACAACGCAACCAACAACAUUUACACCAACGCUGACUUCUCCACAAGCGAUUUCCAGUCAACCAACAACACCAACAAAGACGUUACAACAAAAAUUAGCGGAACGUAAGAAGGCCAAUCAACAACAAAGUGAAACAAUGAGCUCGCCCAACACUAAUUUGCAUAUAAAUUCAGAAGUUAUAAUAUUAGACUGAUAGUAAGUUGUAAGUUGAAUGCAUACAUUUUUGAAUGAAGGCUAAAGUCCUAAUAAAUUAUAUAUACCAAAAAAAACAAAA